AUGCUUGGGAUAAAGGAAGGAUAUGAGAUUUGCCAGUUAACAGUUGAGCCGACCGCGAAAGACGAUAAGUUUUAUUUUUCCCGAGCAGCUACUUAUACCAUCCAUUUUCCUCCUUCCUUACAAGAAUAUUACGAAAAAGCCCAAGAAGCGGAAAUUGAUAUAAAAGUUAAUCCGAUACGGGGUGAACCUGAUUCGGACAAAAAAGAUAAUAGUGCUUUAUUUUACGGAGCACCUGGCACCGGCAAAACUCAAACUAUGAAAAAUAUUUGUGUGGAAGCCAAUAGAUAUCCGUUAGUGGAAAUGAAAGGCUCAGCUUUAACCCCUAAUAAGGAAGACCAAGAUUCCGGACUUUUACCUUUGAAAAAAUUUUGUUAUACCAUUACAGUAUGCACUUGUGUUGGUUGUGCGGCUGGUGCAGCUUGCAUAGUUUUGAGUGGUGGAGCAGCAACUCCUUUGGUGGCUGGUGCUCUGAUGGGAGCCGGUGGCUUAGGAGGUUUUUUUAUUGGUGAUAAGGCUGAUAAAGAAGAUAAUGAAAGAGAAAAAAUGCUCUUACAGGAUAAACGUUAUAAGGAUGCGGCUAAUGAAGUAGACAAGCAAGUUCAACAAAACAAUCAAGCCCAGGACGCUAUAAACACCAUUGCUGGUAAAUUAAAUGGUAAUAUACCCCGACAAUCCCACGAAACGGAUGAAUACCUAAGAAAUCAAUUAAUAAUUUAUCAGUCCCAGUUAGACAGUGGAAAAAAUAGACUAAGUGAUUUAAGGAAAGACAUGGAUAAGUUAAGAAAAGAACUGGGUGGAGGUGGUUCACUAAUGGGACUAUUAGGCUUAGAUAAGUUAUCUUUUACCGAUAAAGUAAUGAUCAUUGCCGCAAUAGUUCUGGUUAUUUGA